UGAGACCCUAAUGGUUGUUAGAUAAGGAUUUAGGUGGAAUAUGUUCUGGACAUGCCUUUCAGGAUUGGUAUGACCUGGGCCCUUAUCUAUCUGUUUUUGAGUGAAUGAAGCCAGGGGUCUAUGAACAGCACUCCUCCAACUUUCCACUCUUUUGCUGAAGCCUCCUGUCUAACAGGUUCAUAAAAUGAAGGACUGUCCUUAGAUCAAACCUUGUUUGUAGGAGAAUACAGGGCACAGCUCACAAAUGCAUUAACCCUUCAAGCAUCUGAGACCACUCUCUAGACUUACUGAAUGCUCUCUUCUGCCUGUAACUGUCUGAUCGUACAGCCUGGCAAUCCCCAUCUGCUUGAGCAAGUCUUUACCUUAUCCUUAGUGCAGAGCUUCUCAUGUCCCAGAUCGAUGAUUUUGAGACUGUGGAUAAUUGUUACCUGAGAGCUUUGACUAGCUGAUCCAGACCCAGCAACUUGCUGAGUUGAUUGCUUAGAGAAAUGAAGGUUCUCAAAAAGAAGUUGAAGCAUAAGACCCACCAGCUCCUACAAUGUGGAGUGCCUCCCUUCAGUGAGAGAACAUCAGACACUGGAGGAAAAUGCUUUAAUCUGUUUUGUUGAGGGAGCUCCAAUAGUUGACAGAGAAAAACGUUAGACUUCCAACAACAGCAACAAUAACGAUGACAAGACUUGCCAUUCAUUGAGUGUCUGCUCUGUCGCGAGCUUGGUCCUGGAUGCUUUACCUUCACAGUUGAGUGUAAUUCUUAUCACCACAUCAUGAUAUUUAUUUAUUUUGAUAGAGAUGAUACAGCAUGAUGGUAUUUAUUUCCAUUUUACAUGAAUGAAACAGGUUCUGAAAAGUUAGGUAAAAGUCUGAGAUAUACAGCAGGCAGAGGCAGAGGCAGAGGCAGAGGCAGAGGGAAGAUUCAAACUCAGGUUUGUCUGGCUCUGCUCCACUACCCUGUCCUUCUAGUCCAGCCUGUAGCCUAGAAGAAGACUUUAGCUGGCUUCAGUUUCUUGUGACAUUUGAUUUGUUUCAUGUAACAGGGACCAUUCUCUCCUCCCUCCCCAAACGUUAUGAAAGGUCCUUAAUAUGCCUUGCAUUCUUCUUGGCCAAAGUCAAAGAACAGCUCAGUAAGAGCCUUCCUCCAUAGCUCUGGCUUUCAACUCGAGGGACUUGCCUUCACCACAACUGAUGCUGAUAGGAUAGUGCUGACACAAUGAUGAUACAGUCAAGAAUCUCAACAUUCAGAUGCGAUCUUGAAGCCUCUCUUAGUGCUGGAUGCUCAGCUAAGGUGACAUCUGGGGGGCUCUGGUGGAACUCUUAAACCUCUUGCUCUCCCUUCCCGUCUCCACCACCCGCCUUCCUGCCAGAUCAGCCCCUCUGGAGUCCCUGGAUGAGGAAGGAUGUGUCCAGUUUCCAGCAGGUUGAAAGCCUUGAGAGUGGCCGGGGGAAAUGUCCUUUUGAGCCAGCUCAGCGGUCAGCAGCUGUGAUGGCUGGGGGUGUCCUCUAUGCUGCCACUGUGAAAAACUACCUGGGGACGGAGCCAAUUAUCUCCCGGGCUGUGGGUCGUGCUGAGGACUGGAUUCGGACAGAGACCUUGCCAUCCUGGCUUAACGCCCCAGCCUUUGUCGCCGCCACUGCCUUGAGCCCAGCUGAGUGGGGGGAUGACGACGGAGAUGACGAGGUCUACUUCUUCUUUACGGAGAUUUCCCGAGCGUUUGAUUCAUACGAACGCGUUAAGGUCCCGAGGGUGGCCCGUGUGUGCGCGGGGGACCUUGGGGGCCGGAAGACCCUCCAGCAGAGGUGGACGACGUUUCUGAAGGCUGACCUGCUGUGUCCUGGGCCUGAGCAUGGUCGGGCCUCCAGUGUCCUGCAGGACAUGGCCAUUCUUCGACCUGAGCCUGGAGCAGGGACCCCUGUCUUUUAUGGCAUCUUUUCCUCCCAGUGGGAAGGGGCUGCCAUCUCUGCUGUCUGUUCCUUUCGACCACAAGACAUCCGGACAGUGCUGAAUGGUCCCUUCAGAGAGCUGAAACAUGACUGCAACAGGGGACUGCCUGUCAUGGACAAUGACGUACCCCAGCCCAGACCUGGAGAGUGCAUCGCCAACAACAUGAAGUUCCAGCAGUUUGGUUCGUCGCUCUUCCUGCCUGACCGUGUGCUCACCUUCAUCCGGGACCACCCGCUCAUGGACAGGCCAGUGUUUCCGGCUGACGGCCACCCCUUGCUGGUCACUACAGAUACAGCCUAUGUCCGAGUUGUGGCGCACAGGGUGCCCAGCCUCUCAGGCAAAGAGUAUGAUGUGCUCUAUCUGGGGACAGAGGAUGGACACCUCCACCGAGCUGUGCGGAUUGGAGCCCAGCUCAGCGUCCUGGAGGAUCUGGCCUUAUUCCCAGAGCCACAGCCAGUUGAGAAUAUGAAAUUGUAUCAAAACUGGCUCCUGCUUGGCUCCGGUACUGAGGUCACACAAGUGAACACAACCAACUGUGGCCGUCUGCAGAGCUGCUCAGAGUGCAUCCUGGCCCGAGACCCUGUCUGCGCCUGGAGCGGUCGGCUAGCUGCGUGUGUGGCCCAUGAGGGAGAUCGUGGAGGGCUGGUUCAAGACAUAGAGUCUGCAGAUGUCUCUUCUUUGUGUCCUAAAGAGCCUGGAGAACACCCAGUGGUGUUUGAAGUUCCUGUGGCUGCAGCUGCACACGUGGUCUUGCCGUGUUCCCCGAGCUCAGCCUGGGCAUCCUGUGUGUGGCACCAGCCCAGUGGAGUGACUGCGCUCACCCCCCGGCAGAAUGGGCUAGAGGUGGCGCUGUCCCCAGGGGCCAUGGGUGCUUAUGCCUGUGAAUGUCAGGAGGGUGGGACAGCCCGCGUGGUGGCUGCUUACAGCUUGGUUUGGGGCAGCCAGCGGGGGCCCCCAAGCCGGGCUCACACAGUGGGGGCCGGACUGGCAGGCUUCUUCCUGGGGGUUCUUGCAGCAUCCCUGACUCUUCUCCUGAUUGGUCGGCGUCAGCAGCGGCAGCGACAGAGGGAGCUUCUGGCUAGAGACAAGGUGGGCUUGGACCUGGGGGUCCCAGCAUCCGGGACCACAAGCUACAGCCAGGACCCUCCCUCUCCCUCUCCCGAAGAUGAGCGGCUGCCCCUGGCCCUGGCCAAGAGGGGCAGUGGCUUUGGUGGCUUCCCUCCACCCUUCUUGCUCGAUCCUUGCCCGAGCCCAGCCCACAUUCGGCUGACGGGGGCUCCUCUAGCCACAUGUGAUGAAACGUCCAUCUAGGCCCGGGGAGGUGACUGCUAGUGUGUGAGUGACCACUGGAAUGGAAUGACCACUGGGGCUUUGGGGGUCGGUGAGCCUGGAGGACCAUGAUGGCCUCUGGGUUCUCUUUGGCCUUCGAGUGAUCAUUUGGACCUGCCUGUGUGCCCUCUCUCAGCCUGGAUGGGCUCAGGGCCAGGCCUUCACCCGACUCCCACUCAAGAUCAGAACUGCUCCCGCAGUGAUCAGGACUUUUUCCGCCCCUGCCCUUGAAACCUCUAUGACCCCUUCAGCCCAGUCUCCUGGGCCCAUCAGUUUGGUCAGGGACACAGGACACGGCUGUGACUUUGCCUUCUAGCUGGGCCCUGACCAGGAGGAGGCGCCCUGGAAGUGCCUGGGAGCUAAUGUGCACCGAGUCCUUUCGCUGGUUCUCCCGGUUUAUCGGAUUCUCCCUGGGGAGCGCAUGAUCCCCCAACUGCAAUGUGGAAUCUCUGCCUGAGAUCUACCCCUUUGUCCAUGAAAGAGCGUGUGUAAAUACAUGGCUAUUCAUAGGUGACCUGGCCACCGUGCAUGGAUGACUGGGCCAGUGCUCAGGGGUGUUCAUGGGGGUUGAGGGGGGCAAGUCGGAACGAGUGCAGUGGCUGUAGAACUUUCCACCCUGUGGCCAGUGAGGGAAUGCCUCUCCUUUCUAAAAGGAGACAAACCACUGCCCUGUUUCCAUCAUCUCCCACAGCUGUCUGCUGAGUAGGAAAAAAACUCCCAAAGUGACCUUCUGGGUGGGAAAGUCAAUGGUACACAUGACCCCAUCUUUCUCUUUGUUUUAGCCUCCUGGCCGCCACCACUGCCAUGUGCAGCGGGUCUUUCUCUGGCUGGACCCCUUUCCUUGGCUCCUUUUAAAAAUAAAUUUCACCACAUUCUAAAUAUCAGGGGAUGGCCAAAGGGGCCCAGUGAUGGGAGAUGCAAGCUGCACAGAUAGGUUCCUAUCAGUGACUUUAUUCAGGGUGACACCCUUGCUUUAAAGUGGGGUUUAUGGACUGGGGGUCCACGGACUCCCUGAAAUCGUAUGCAAAAUGCAGUCUGUCCAUGUGUGUCUGUGUUUUUCUCGGGGGGGGGGGUUGUGACUCUCAUUAGAAUCUCAAGCCUUAACAAAGGACCACUACCCCAAGGUCACCACAUGUUGGCCAGGCGGAGGUGGUGCCACGUCGUGGCUGCUCUUCCUGCCCGGCCACACCUGCCCAGUGGUCAGCUCCUGGCCUGGCAGCCGCCGGAUGCCUCUGGUUCAUUCCCUGGAAGGUGGGUUCCUCCAAAUAUUUGAAGACACUGUCGACUGUCACCACAUAUACAGACUUCUUCCUGCUUCACGACUCCCACAUGCUCUAGGCUUCUCCUGGUCCGUUCCAGUCUUGGCCUGUGAAUGUGCCUCCCUCGUCCCUGGUGAGGAACCGCCUUGAGCUCCAGUGAAUGGUCCAGCCUCUUGGAGUUGAGGUUUUCAGCUCUACUUUCCACCGGCAGCAGCCUGUGAACUACUCAAGAGUCCCCUUGGGCUUUGAAUGAUCAGUGGCUUUGCCGCUAGUAAGUGUCUGAUCUUCAAAGAGUGAUCUAACCUAGGAGCAACAGUUGACGCAUCUGUAAAGUGGGGAUAAUAAUACCUACCUCAGGGUUGCUGCAGGGAUUAAAUGCGAGAACAUCCAAACAAUAAAGCACUGUCUAUACCAGAGGACGUUGUUAGUUUGAAAACUGGCCUAUGAUGCCGUAAUCCUAUAGCUUGACUGUCUGAUAACCAUGAUGCGUGGGUCACUUUAAGGCCCACAUGGUGGGGGAGGGUGAGUCCUUCACACCGAAGCCCUGUCCUAGAGCAUCUCUGGUCAGAUCUUAGCCACCGUGUUGAGGUUUGGGGAGGCAGGGCCUGUGGUUUUUAUAAUUUUCUGACCUUGGUGACCUUAACGGUCUUUCUAGAUGCACACGGAGGGAGGCCCCGUGUGCUUUGGUUUUUACCCUCACUUCACUCUUCUCUCUUGAGGUUGUGGGUUGGUUUCGUUAUGGGGGAGGGAAGGAAAUGGGAAACUUCAGAGGAGCCUGGAAUCUCUGCGAAAAGGGGAGGAGAAGAGUUUCCCAAAGAGGGGGGGCCAGGUCACAGUGGAUUGGGGCCAUUUGGUCCUUGGACAGUGGCUCUGGUUGGAGGAACACUGAGGAAGGAUGGAAAUAGGCAUGAAGAGGGGAGAGCCACAGUUUGGGCCCCAAGAGUGAGCAAUGCCAUGGAAAUAUGAAACCAGCUCCCAAAGUAACAGUCUAAAUAUUGCAUUAUCCUUGGGCUGUGUGGUGUGGGAUGGGAGAGGAUCCAAGGGCAAGGGAGCAGAAGAAGGGCGCAGGGUUCCUGUAGGUAGAAUUAUGAGAAUUCUGGUGGCCGGAGACCUGCCUGGCUUUGUUCAUAAAAGCAGCCAGGGUGGGGAGGGCUGGGGAUGGGGCUUGCAUUUACCCCAGACUCGAGUGCAGCUGUCUUGGUUGACAAACCAAGGUGUCCACAUGCUGCCUCUACUAAGGUUUAUGACAAAGCUGCCAUUAGGAGCUUUGCUUCUUUUGAGUGUUUAUUGUUGUACUACUGAGGAUCAGGCUUUGUUAUGAUGUGGUAACAUGCAACCCCCUAUUCUUAGCGGUUUAAAAACAACAUGUUUCUUGCCCUGCUAAGGAAGGAAGGAAGUUCUGGCACAUGCUACAAACAUGGAUGAACCUUGAGGACAUUACGAUAACUGCAGGAAGCCAGUCACAAAAAUACUGUAUGAUUCCACGUAGGAGGUACUUUGAGUAGUCCCAUCACAGAGACAGCAAGUAGGAGGGUGGUGGCCAGGGGCUCCACCAGGGUGAGAAGAAUGGGGGUUAUUGGAUAUAGGGUGUCAGUUUCACAAGGUGGAAAGAGGUCUGGAGGUUUGGGAUGGUGGUGAUGGUUGCAUAAUAUUAUGAAUUUAUUUAAUAUCACUGAAUUGUACACUUAAAAAUGGUUAAGAUGGGAGAUUGUAUGUGUACUUUACCAUAAUUGUAAAAAAUGGAAAAAAAAGUGAUUAAGACACAGUCCCAUCCUUCUUGAAGUUCUUAAUUCUGUGGGGAGGCAGAUAAGUGAGCCGCUAAUAAUACACUUUGAAAAAAAGCUAUUGUUGAAGAUCUGUCCCAAAUCCCAAGCAACCUGUAGACACCUCAUUCUCUUUCCAACUCUUAAGUAGUGGCACAAGAAACAGACUUAAGAUAACAAGAGUCUUUGUACCCCUAAUUGGAUUCUCUUGAAGCUACUGAGACAGUCUAGUAUAGACAUAUAUAUAUGCCUUAUGUGGUCUUUUCUGUGUAUCCAAAUUUACAUAAUAAAACUUUAAAAAAA